UCGUCUUUCGAUUAUAUUCUUUCCAAAAGCUCCUUUGUUAAUGGUGAAUUGACUGACCCAUGUUUUCGUCUUAUACUUAUCUUUCUCUCUUUGCAAACAAACAAAUAAGGUGAGAGUUGAAUCAACCUAUGCUAAAAAAAUGCUGAAACAAACAGUUCAAAGGUUGGAAGGAUACAUAUCAGCAUCAAGAAGAAAGAAUGAUGUUCAUAUGAAAUGGAAGAAACGCUUAUUUGGCAAUUGGGUGAGAAGCAUGAGCAGCAAGCCCCAAAGUAGUGACAACAGGUCAACCUCGUACAGUGUUCCAAAGGAGAGAGUGGAGUGCGUAGUGAUAGGGGCUGGUGUUGUUGGCAUAGCAGUGGCAAGAGCUCUAGCACUCAAGGGCAGGGAAGUGUUGGUCGUAGAAUCAGCCCCCACCUUUGGAACCGGGACCAGUUCCCGAAGUAGUGAAGUUAUUCAUGCUGGAAUCUAUUACCCUGCCAAUUCCUUCAAGGCAAUUUUUUGUGUAAGGGGAAGAGAUAUGUUAUAUGAGUAUUGCUCCCAGCAUGAUAUUCCACAUAAACAAAUUGGUAAGCUUAUAGUGGCUACUAGAUCUUCUGAGAUUCCUAAGCUAUGUGAUAUUUUAAAUCGUGGGAUUCAAAAUGGGGUUGAUGGUUUGAAGAUGGUGGAUGGUGUUGAUGCAAUGAAAAUAGAGCCUGAAUUGCAAUGCAUGAAAGCAAUAGUAUCACCUGUCACUGGGAUUGUUGAUUCUCAUUCAUUAAUGCUUUCUUUAGUGGGGGAAGCUGAAAAUCAUGGAGCAACCUUCACGUACAAUUCAACAGUCAUUGGUGGCCAUAUCGAAGGGAAUGAUAUUUGUGUUCAUGUGACAGAAACUGACCGUCUUAAAGAAUGGAAAGGAACAUCAAUUUUACAUCCAGAACUACUUUUAAGUUCUAAACUCAUUGUGAACUCUACUGGCCUAAGUGCCCCUGCCCUUGCAAAAAGAUUUCGUGGCCUAAAAAGUGGAGUUGUUCCUCCUUCUUACUAUGCACGGGGUUGCUACUUUACAUUAUCUAAUACUAAAGUGUCUCCUUUUAGACAUUUGAUAUAUCCUAUACCAGAGGAUGGUGGCAUUGGAGUGCAUGUUACUAUAGACUUGAAUGGUCAGGUCAAGUUUGGCCCAAAUGUUGAAUGGAUUGACAGUGUUGAUGAUAUCUCAAGCUUUCAGAAUAAGUUUGAUUAUUCGGUGAAUCCAAAUCGUGCUGAACGAUUUUAUCCAGAGAUAAGAAAAUACUACCCAAAUCUGAAGGACGGUUCUCUGGAACCUGGAUAUUCAGGGAUCAGACCUAAACUUUCGGGACCCUCACAGCUACCGGCUGAUUUUGUUAUACAGGACUGUAAUACCUAUUAUUGGAAUUCAGAGCCUCUUUUUUGGUCCCGUUUUCACACCGGGGAGGGUAUGGUUAACACGAGAAUGGAGGCCAGGUUGGAAUGGUUAGAAAAGUUUGUCCAGGAAUAGGAAAAUGAGAAUAAUCAUCGUUUUCAACGGUUGGAGGAUAUUAUUCAAGGAUUAAGUGGGGUGGUUGAAGGACUAGCUUCUUCCGAUAGGCCUCAUGAAGACCAGGAUUUUGUUGUGCGAGCUAGCCUUGAGGACGAUAGGGUGGUUGAGGGAAAUUCCUUUCCAUGUUCGACCAAAUGGCGGAAGUUAGACUUUCCAAUCUUUGCUGGGGAUGAAGCAUAUGGGUGGACAAAUAGGUUGGAAUGUUAUUUUCGUAUCAAGGAAGUUUUUGCCGAGGACCACAUGUAGGCAGUUUUAGUGGCCUUGAUGGGGAAGGCCUUGAAUUGGUAUCAAUUGUAGGAAACUUGUAAUCCCCAUCCUACUUGGGCAUCCUUUAAGUAUGCCGUUGUGAGGAGAUCCAGCCCUUCAUGUUGCAGAAUCCUUUUCAGGAUCAAUUGGGGAAUAUAUUGAGCAAUUUGAACACUAUGUGGGGUUUCUGAAAAGAAUUCCAAAAGAUUAUUUGGUGGGAAUUUUCCUCAAUGGAUUGAGGGAGGACAUAAAGGCAGAGGUUAAACUCUAUGACCCCCCAGACUCUUAUGGAGUUGAUGAUGAAGGCCCAGAUGGUUGAGUACAAGCUUUUGGUUACCUCCAAAGGAGGGUCUUUCUCGGGCACUAGCUCCACUUCUUCUUUCCGCUCUUUUCCUUCCACUAGGACUUUCUCUAAGGAAGGGGGAAGUUCUAGAAUUUAUUCUAAAGUCGGGGGAAAUUCAGGAAAUUUUCCUCCUUCUGUUCAUAGUGUUGGAGAAAGCAGUGCUUAUGUUUCUCCUGUCAUUAAUUCUGCUCUAGUUUCUCAGCGGAGGGGCACCUUAAAAGAAACUUUCUCAGGAAGAGCUUCAGGACAAGUUGUGUAAAGGUUUAUGUUUUUGUUCGAAGGGGACGAGGGGCUGUCAACUCCUAUUGUAUCUGAAGAAUAGCCAUACACUGAGGGUUAUAAUUUACAGUUAUCCCAAUACACUUUGGCUGAGCUAACUACUAAGCAUUCUUGGAAGUUGUGGGGGACAAUUGGUUGCGAAAAAGUGGUGGUUUUGAUUGAUUGUAGUGCUUCCCACAAUUUCAUUUCCCAGGAUUUAAUUAUCAGAUGUGGGCUGCAAAUCCAACAACUCUUCCUUAUAUGGUGAAAGUUGGGGAUGGUCAUAAGGUGCACUGCCAAGGAAAGUGUCAUAAAUUGGUUUUGGAAGUUCAAGGAGUCGAAAUCGAGUAGGAAUGUUUUGUGUUUUCUUUAUGUGGGGUUGAUGUGGUGUUAGGGCUGGAAUGGUCAGCCACUCUUGGGGAAGUUAGGGCUGAUUUUGGUAAUCUUAAACUGUCAAUAGGCAAAGGCCCAGUGGAACGUGUUUUACAAGGUGAUCCUACCCUUGGCUCAUCCUUUCACAACCGAAGAAGUUGCCCAUUCAUUCAUCAUAGAUAAUGUGAAGCUUUAUGGUUUUCCCUCUACUAUUGUAUCUGACCAAGACAACAUUUUUCUCAGUAGUUUUUGGCGUGAAUUAUUCAAGUAGACUGGCACUACACUCAAAUUUAGCACCGCCUACCAUCCUCAAUCAAAUGCCAAAUUGAAGUGGUGAAUCGUUGUCUAGAGACAUAUUUGUGUUGUAUGACAGGGUCACAUCCUAGGAAAUGGCGUAAAUGAUUACCAUGGGCUGAAUUUUGGUUCAAUACUAAUUAUAAUGUUUCUACCCAUCUGUCUCCUUUUAAGGCUCUCUAUGGUCGUGACCCUCCUUUAUUGCUAAAGGGGUCUACCAUUCUAUCCAAGGUUCAUAGUGUGAAUCAAUUGCAAUAGGAAAAAGAUGACAUUCUACAAGAAUUAAAAGCAAAUCUGUGUAAAGCACAAGACUAGAACCACAUACAAGCCAACAAAUGUCGUCAGGAUGUGGAUUUCCAGGUUGGAGACUGGGUUUACCUCAAGUUACAACCUUAUCGUUUGCAUUUCUUGGCUAGACACCCUAACGAGAAGCUUGGCCCCAGAUUUUGUGGUCCUUAUAUGAAGUGGAACAAUAGGGAUUGUUGCCUACAAAUUGAUUCUUCCUCCGCAUAGUUGUAUUCAUCUCGUUUUUCAUGUCUCUCUACCUAAACGAGCAGUGCAACCACCAACCACUGUUCAACCUCUUCCUUCUGCUUUGACUGAAGAUCUUAUGUUAGAAGUCCAGCUAGAAUCAGUGCUAGAUAUUCGUACUUUUUCUUCUGGUGCCUUGGAAGUUUUGAUUAAUGGCAGAAUCUUCCAUCCAUUGAAAACAGCUGGGAGGAUGUUACUGUUCUUGCUAAGGACUGUAAUACCUAUCACAUUCACACCAAACACUUUUCUCUUAAUGAUUCUUGUUUUGGAAACUACAAGGUCUGAUUACGUGGUUAAAUAUGUUUUGGCUAAAACUACUAGUUUGUUGAUCUUUAUUGCAAAUAGAUAGAUGAUAAGCAUUGGUGUUCUAGAUCUAUUUUUUUUCCUUCAGGUAACUUCACAGGAAUGGAUUUGAAUAAAAAUAGCAUUGUAGUGUUCCACGAGGCAACAUGGUAUGAUGAUGACUUUUGAUCAGGGGAAGAAAAAUACGUGACAUUAUUGACUGUAAAUGCACAAGCUAACUAAGGAUGUCACUUUUUUCAUUCAUGAAAAAUACUUCAGGUUACUCACAUAACAUUCGUAAUAUACUCUGCUAGAUAAACUUACUUUACUAGUAUUUUUCAAAUAAGAUCGAAGGAAGCAAUUAUAUUUUGUAAUUUGAAAAUCAUGGUCAUCUUUUGGGUACCUGCCUGACCAUUUCGUGUUCAAUGAAUGAAUAUUUGAUAUAUGACAUUAUUAUUCUUCGUUUUAACUUCAACCCAAACUGUGAAUGGAUAGAGUAGUUUUAGUUUCUACAUUUUAAUUAAACAAUGGCUCCUUUGUUCCAUCUG